AACCGAGGCGAGCAAGUGUUGAAAUUCCUCUGGAAGUGAAUAAUCGAACUUUGCAGAGCUGUACAGACAGAUUUAAGCUCGCUAUUUUUAUAUUCCAUAAUAAUCGAUCUCAAAAAUAUCUUUCAUUGAGAAAAAUUGCACAAAUUUUUCACCAGUUGUGUGAGAUGAGAAUGCAAAAAUCUCGGGUAUUAAUAUAUUUACAUACCGAGUAAACAUCAGUCUCGCAUCGCAAAUGCUGACGUGAGCACUCAUCUUUCAAUGCUAAGAAGAUAGAGCAUGAGUGCCGAUAGCUUCGGUUGAUUGAGAGGUCGAGGAAGAGGCGCAUCAUGCGGAUUGUCAUUAAUCAGCGACGCAGUACUCCAACGAACGACUAGCUGAGUGCAACCCAAACGAACUACUGCCUACUGCUGGUGCAACUUUUCGAAGUGAACUACUGUGAUUCCGAAACAAGCAGUGAGUACUAGCUGUUGUUGAAAAACAAAUUCAAGUGCACAAAAUGGCCAUCUCAUCAGCUGUCCUGCUGACCUUGGCCCUUGGAUUUAUCGGUGUCUUGUCGUAUUAUAUGCUGCGUCAUUUCACCUACUGGCGUUCGAAAGGAAUCCCAUACAUUCAGACAAAUCCAUUAUUUGGGCUGAUAUUACCUGUAUUGUUGCGCAAACGUUCCAUGCCUGAAAAUACAAUAGCUAUUUACAAGGCAUGUCCGGGUGCCAAGUAUUACGGCUCCGUGGAUUUCGGUGAGCCUGUUUUAAUUGUUAAAGAUCCAGAGAUCGUGAAGGACGUAACUGUCAAAAGUUUUGCCCAUUUCCCAAACCACCGUGCUUUUUUCGACGAGAAAUUCGACCCGGCAUUGUCGAAGAAUUUGUUCUUCCUGAAGGACGACCGUUGGCGUGACAUGAGAUCAGUCCUGACGCCGAGUUUCACAGCAAACAAGAUGAAAUACAUGUUUCAAUUGGUGUCCAAGUGUUCGAUGGAUUUUGUGCAGUAUUUACGCGAACGUUCGGAACCAACGAGGGAUAUUGACCUCAAGGACUUUUUUACGAGAUACACGAACGACGUUAUAGCCACGACGGCCUUCGGGAUCAGUGUCAAUUCGGUGCAAAAUCGCGAAAAUGAGUUCUACACGAAUGCCAGAGCGUCGAUCUUCUUUGAGGGCUUCUUGAACCUCAUCAAGUUCAUGGUCGCUAGAUUCUUUCCUAAACUCAUGCGGUUCAUGGGGUUUGGCUUCCUGCCUAAAAAGUGCAGCAGAUUCUUCGACCAGAUCAUUUGUGACACGGUGAAAAUGCGCGAUGAAAAGGGCAUCGUUCGACCUGAUAUGAUCCACCUUCUGAUGCAAGCGAGGGACAACGAGAAGGGCAUCCCCAUGACCAACGACGAUAUAACGGCCCAGGCCAUCAUCUUCUUGCUCGCUGGCUUUGACACCUCCGCCCGACUCAUGUGCUUCGUUUCUCACGUUCUUUCUCAUCAUCCAGACAUUCAAGAUCAACUUCGCGACGAAGUCGACGCAAUAUUGGGCCAAGAUGACGGGAGCAUCUCCUACGAGAAAUUGGGUUCUAUGAAGUACUUGGAUAUGGUGAUUUCGGAAACUCUUCGUAUGUAUCCCCCACAACCCUUCACCGACCGAGUUUGCACCGAAGCUUAUGAACUGGAGGCCUCGACGCCUGAAUCCAAACCGUUCACCGUUGCCCCGGGGACCUUAGUGUGGAUUCCAACUCUUGGCUUUCAUCAUGAUCCCAAGUAUUUCCCGGAGCCGGAGGAGUUCAAACCGGAACGUUUCAGCGAAGAAAACAAAAACGACAUUAUCCCUUACAGUUACUUACCGUUUGGCAUUGGACCGAGAAAGUGCAUCGGAGAUCGAUUUGCUCUCAUGGAAGCGAAGAUCAUCAUUGCCCGACUCCUGCAAAAUUUCGUUUUCAAACCAUCAGAAAAAACGACGAAAGUCAUCACAUUCGCUAGAGAUGGAUCGAUUAUGAGUCCGGAAAACGGAUUCUGGAUGCGGUUAGAGUCGAGGAACAAACCGUAAACCAACUGAUUUCCGUGUGACUUUGGGACAACAAUUUUCAUUCAGAGCUUCGAAAUCGUUAUCAACCGCUGAACCUGAGUUUGUCGUGUAGUACACGUGCUGCAACAAAUCAGUCAAUCUGUAAUUAAUUAUAAAUCCGCAAUAAUAAACUCAUCAGUAAAAAUUGUAUAUUGAAACAUAUUGAUGUACAGUCUCACUUCAUGAGACGGAUUUAAAAGCGAAAAAACGUUCAUUCAAAUUACACAAGCACAGUAUUUUAACAAAGCUUUUUAAUAAAUGUAUUUUCGAGUAUUCACCACGCAAGAUAAAAGUAUCAAAUUGAGGUGAAGCAGCAAGUUUUAGCAAACCAGGUUGGAUCGUAUGGGAUUUUCACGUCCGACUUGUGUUACUCUUUUUUUAUUUCGCUAUAUUCUUUUUUCCAUCCAGUUUAUCUUGGUAUUAUUACGCAUGUAUACAUAUAGAGUUGAAUUAAAAAUAAAUUGGAUACUGUAUUUUA